ACCAGCAGAAAAUAGAAACAGAAAUAGAUGAUUUGCGCCUUUUGGCACCCUUCUGUAAGAAGAAAAGCUUCGGACGAAACCACAAAUUAAUUCAUGGCCGCGAAUCCCAUUUCUCAGGGUCAAGGACUAGCAGUCUUCAGAAAGCAACUCUUCAGUCCCAGCCUCAAGUCCAAUUCUCAGCCUGCUUCUUUUCUCAGGUGCUAUUCUUCUCAGAAAACCGAGAACCAUAAUGAGAAUGAUGAACAACAGCACAGAGCUAAACAACCCAAAUCGUCAACCCCAAAAACCAAAACGGCUAAGGAUAUGGCCAGGCUUGUCAACACCAAUCCAUGGUCGAGUGAGCUUGAGUCUUCUCUCUCUACAAUCUCUUCCUCUCUCUCCAAGACCACGGUGCACCAAGCACUCCACCUUAUCAAAACCCCGCACAAAGCCCUUCAGUUCUUUAAGUGGGUAGAGGUAAUGGGUUUCUCUCACAAUGACCAAUCCUACUUCUUGAUGCUUGAAAUCUUGGGUCGAGCCCGAAAUCUCAAUGCAGCACGAAAUUUAUUGUUUUCAAUUGAAAAAAAGUCUAAUGGUGCAGUUAAACUUGAGGACCGCUUCUUUAAUAGCUUAAUAAGGAACUAUGGUCGAGCUGGGCUGUUCCAAGAGUCUAUAAAGCUUUUUACUACAAUGAAGUCGCUUGGUGUAUCGCCUUCUGUUGUUUCAUUCAAUAGUCUUCUGUCAAUUUUGCUUAAAAAGGGUAGGACAAAUAUGGCCAAGAAUGUAUAUGAUGAAAUGCUCAGUAUGUAUGGAGUGACACCAGAUACAUAUACAUUUAACAUUUUGAUUAGAGGGUUUUGUAUGAACUCCAUGGUAGAUGAAGGUUAUCGCUUUUUCAAAGAUAUGUCGGGUUUUAGAUGCGACCCGGAUGUCAUUACCUAUAAUACUCUUGUUGAUGGGCUAUGUAGAGCAGGGAAGGUUGAAAUUGCCCAUAAUGUGGUGAAGGGUAUGAGUAAGAGAAGUGGGGAUUUGACUCCAAAUGUUGUUACUUAUACGACCUUGAUUAGAGGGUAUUGUGUGAAACAGGAGAUUGACAAGGCUUUAUGUAUUUUGGAGGAGAUAACUACUCGAGGGUUAAAACCAAAUGGAUUUACCUACAAUACUCUAAUUAAGGGGCUUUGUGAAGCGCAGAAGCUAGAUAAGAUAAAAGAGAUUUUGGAAGGAACAAUGAUUGGUGGAGAAUUUAUUCCAGAUACAUGUACGUUCAACACAUUGAUGCAUUCACAUUGCAAUGCAGGAAACUUGGAUGAAGCAUUGAAGGUUUUUGCAAAGAUGUCAGAGUUAAAGGUUCCACCAGAUUCAGCUACAUACAGUGUUUUGAUACGCAGUUUAUGUCAACGAGGGGAUUACCCUAGAGCAGAGGAGUUGUUUGAUGAGUUAUCAAAGAAAGAAAUUUUGUUAAGGGAUGAUGGUUGUAAGCCUCUUGUUGCCUCUUAUAACCCUAUCUUUGGGUAUUUAUCUAGUAAUGGGAAAACUCAGAAGGCCGAGGAAGUGUUUAGGCAGCUAAUGAGAAGAGGAACACAAGACCCUCUGUCCUACAAGACUUUGAUCAUGGGCAAUUGUAAGGAAGGUACAUAUGAAGCUGGGUAUGAACUCUUAGUCUGGAUGCUUAGAAGGGAUUUUGUGCCUGAUGAAGAGAUUUAUGUAUCCUUGAUUGAUGGCCUCUUGCAGAAGGGUAAGCCCCUUCUUGCCCAACAGACUUUAGAGAAGAUGCUAAAGAGCUCUCAUCUCCCACAAACAUCUACUUUCCAUUCUUUACUUGCAGAACUUUUGAAACAGCAUUGUGCCCGUGAAUCUGCCAGUUUUGUCACUUUAAUGUUGGAGAAAAAAAUUAGACAAAACAUUAAUCUCUCAACACAUCUUGUAAGGCUACUUUUUAGUCGUGGGUUGCGAGAUAAAGCAUUUGAGAUUGUAGCGAUGCUCUAUGAGAAUGGGUACUCAAUUAAAAUGGAAGAACUGGUUUGUUUCCUUUGCCAAAGUAGAAAGCUUUUAGAGGCAUGUGAAAUGUUGCAAUUCAGUCUGCAGAAGCAUCAAAGUGUCGUUAUUGAUAAUUUUAACCAAGUUAUUGUAGGGCUUUGUGAUAUAAAUAAACUUUCAGAAGCAUUUGGCUUGUACUAUGAACUGGUUGAAAAUAAAGGCUAUCAGCAAUUGCCCUGCUUAGAUUCUCUAAAAUCUGCCCUAGAGGUUGCAGGAAGAUCAGUUGAAGCUGAGUUUCUAUCUAAAAGGAUUCCAAGACAGCAGCUGCUGGACAACCCUAAAUCUGGGAAGUCAAGACUACAACUGUAAGUCAAGUCCUCAGCUGCUGUACAUAUCUUUCUUGCUGCUAAAUGGUGGGUUUUUAAGAUUUCCUCAAUCACAUCUCAGACUUGUAAAUACACAGUUGUUGCUGCCCUCCUCGUACCACUUCUCAGCUUUUAUUCGAUCCCUCGUCUCAAUUUCACCCUGACCCCACAUCUCAACCAUUGGAGCAUAUACAGUCCAUCUGCAGUCCAAAGCUCAUUUGAAACCAAACUCAUACAUACCCAUUGCAAACUACAAGAACAACAAAAUCAAUAACCACUGAUUGCGAAGUGCAGUGCAACACAAAAUGGAUGAUAUAUUGGCAAGGGAAUUGUGGAGUGAAAUCAUAGAGAGAGAGAGAGAGAGAGAGAGAGAGCGAGAGAGAGAGAGAGAGGGUGAAUCAUGACAACCUGAGGUGGUGGAUUCGCAAUUUGCGGAGUGGCAAUAAAGUUGUGAUGCACAGAGAGAGAGAGAGAGAGAGAGAGAGAGAGAGAGAUGCAAUGGGAGAGUUAAGUGUGAUUGUUUGAGAGAGUUUUGAAAAUGGAUUGGGUUCUUGAUCAGAAAUAUUUUGAGAGGAGAUGAUAUCGGGCUUUUGGAAUAGAAAUUCAAGGGUGAUUUUGAAAGGGAAGGAGGGUAUCAUGUAGAGACAGAAAGCAACAAAAAGUUUAGGGUUGAACCCCAACUUGAGUCAAGUUUUGAAGGUAUUUUGGUCCAAGGUUAUCUUAUCAAUUUAGGAAAAAUAUUUUGAUGGACUUUUAUAUGGGUUGAUUAUUGAACAGAAGAAAGCUAUAAGCACCACAAAGAAGAGAAUAUGAUCUGUGCCUUUCUGCAGAAGUAGAUGGUAUGAUUUUCUACCACCUGGUUUUGGUUAUUAAGCAGGGAGCUGUUGUACUACAUUUGUUUUCCAUUCCUUUUGUGAAUCAGAUUUAUGAACUUCUGUAACAGGAAGAAUGGUGGAUCUUAUUUACUUAGUUGGUUCCGUUGAAACGGUC